AUCCGACAAGGCCAGCUUCAAUAUUUCACUGACAAAACUACCCUUGAUUCUAUCCUCCAUUUUCCAUCAUUCCAAUCCCAUUCGGCUAAAACCGGAGGAUAAAUCUGUCUUCUUAUUGAGUAACUUCCAGGCUAAAAGAUAAAAGGAGGCUGUUUCCGACAUGUAAUUUGUUAAGACUCAAAAUUUCACUUUUUUUUUUUGUUGUCGCGAAAGGAAACCUUCAUAGGUCAUGAAAAUUAAGUACGAUAUCAUUAUCCCAUUAGUCUCAGCUAAUAAAAGGAGAAAAUACAAACAGGGUUAGGGAAGAACUCAAAAAGAACACGACUGGAAACAUGGGAGGAAGGUUCUUGUGUCGUGAAAAGAACGUGCUCUUCGAAGGAGUAUGUGUAAAUUUAAUAUCAACCGUCCGAUUAUAUUACGGAUUCGCACAUCACUAAAUUGAUACCACCAUCGACGAACAGAAUCUGCCUCAGACAAAGAUCCCAAAGUAUCAAUAUGAACACUAAAUCUUCCAACAACUUUGUUUCUCUGUCUUUCUCCUAUUUUUUUUAAUUGUCUAAUAAUGUAAAGAACAGAAAAGAGAUCUCUUCUCAGUUCUCUGUGCACUCACUGCACGUUUCUGUUCUUAUUGCAGUGCGUGUCUUAGUCUCAACACUUCUAGCAUGGCAUGAGUCCUUUGUCUUUAAACACCUCUUCUCUUUAAGCUUCCCUUUCUGUCUCUCUCUCUGUUCUUUUUUUUUUUUUUUCAUUUUUCUUUAAGUAUGAAGACCUAACACUGUAAAUCUUGCCAUGCUUUUACCUUUUGGUUUUUUGGCUCACUCCUUGUUUUUGGGUGUUCCAAUUUUUUUCCAUUUUAUAAAUUUUCUUGGUUAGUGAAAGGUUAAUGAAGGUACAUGGUCACCUAAUCCGAUAGUACCUUCUUCAAAUUCUCACAUUUUAUCCCAACUUUGUUCAAAACCCACUCAAAGCUUGAACUUUGAGCCUAUUGAGUAUUGAUCCUCAAACCUUGAAACUUUGAGCCAGUUAAUGCUCAUUACAGAGCCUUAGCUCCAAGUUUCAGCUUCUGGGUCUUUUCAAAAUGUCACCAUUGGAGAUGUCCCAUAUCGAUUUAGAGCAAGGAACUCGCCGCCGGAAUGGGAGUGACGUCAGUGCCGAAGAGGGUUCUUGCUACUCUCAGUUUUAUUCCACUACAGGUGGUUCGUACGAUGAGUACAGUUUUGCUUGCGCUUCUGAUGGAGAGAUUGGUGACGUGUCGGAUUCCAGGAGGGUGUCUUCAGUCUCGGAUUGUUCAGUGGAGGUGGAGAUUCAGAGUGGAGUUCCUGAAAUUAAGGUGCAUUUGGCGAAAGUUGAGAAAGAUUGUAGAAUUUGUCAUUUGGGUUUGGAAAGUAACAGUCAUGAAUCAGGUGUUCCUAUUGAAUUGGGUUGUUCUUGUAAGGAUGAUCUUGCUGCUGCUCAUAAACAGUGUGCUGAGGCAUGGUUUAAGAUCAGAGGAAAUAAAACCUGUGAGAUUUGUCAUUCUAUUGCACGCAAUGUAGUUGGAGUGAAUGAAAUUGAGUCAACAGAGCAAUCAAAUGAGACCAACAGUUCCACGGCAACAGCUGCAGUCUCAGGACCAACAUCCCAUACAGACUCUCGAAGCUUCUGGCAUGGCCAUCGCUUCCUCAAUUUUCUCCUUGCUUGCAUGGUAUUUGCAUUUGUCAUAUCAUGGCUCUUUCACUUCAAUAUGCCAUCAUCCUAAAACUCUGUAGCACAGUUCCUGAACAAAAUUGAAGGAAUGAAAAUAAGAACCCAUAAUACUGUAAAGGAACCUGGAGAAAAUUUGUUGCUGUCAUGACGAGUAAUGGAAUAGUCUACAGUCUUGUGAUGGUUAAUAGGUAUUUUAUACACCCCUCUUCUUUGUCAUACAUGUAGAAAGUUUGUUAUAUCUAAUAUAUGCACAUUCAUCAUAAUUAUCAAAGCUGUG